GUGCAACAACAUACCAUACCAGUAACGAAAGUGGUUCACAUGGCUGGGUCGCGCAUGAAUGUAUUGACUGGGAUGGAUUGUACUCUGAUAACCCUUCAGAUACACCAUUACAACUCGGGUGGAAAGAGAAAUCAGAUAUCCAAGUUGCAGGCAUGUUAUCAUUUUACAUCUUGACCAAAGGAAAGCAUCCCUUUGGUCCGAAAAUAGCACAAAUGGUGAAUUUGCAUGAGGAUAAUCCAGUGGGUUUAAGAGAGCUCAGUGAUCCUGUGGCCAAAGACCUGCUGUCUCAGAUGUUGGCUCAGGAUCUAGAUAAACGACCAUAUGUGGAGCAAGCCUUGAAGCAUCCUUACUUUCUCUCUCUCGAAGAGCAGAUGAAAUUGGUAGAAGCUGCGGGCAACGAACCUAAAUUAAUGAGUUACUGUGGUGUUUUCAGACAGCUGAACAACCUUGAUCCAUCCAAACCUCGAAGUCUGUUGUUACCAAUUGACUGGAAAACAGUGAUUGGCCACGAUGACCUCAACACAUUGUGUAGAGGAGGCCGCUCCCCGUCAACCUAUGGUGGUAGCCGAUAUACCGAUUGCCUUCGAUUGAUACGAAACACAUUUCAGCAUCGGGAUGGCAAACUGGGUCAAUUGAAAAAGAAGACAUCGACUACUUCUUCUCUUGAGGAAUAUUUCCUUCAAUUAUUUCCUAUGCUCCCACUUGUUCUUCAUCAAGUAAUCAGACAGUAUCCCGACUGGAAAACACUCCCUGCCUUGAAGGAAUUUUUUCCUGAGAUAGACCGUCGUGCAGUAUCUGAUGUAGACUAA